AUGAUCCUUUGGCCCCGCCAAAAUCCAUAUUCAAUCGACCGUGCCGGGUUCUAAAACUAUUAAAAGAAGACUCUAAUCGAUAUGGAGAAAAAAUCAGCCACAACACAUGUAUUGUUGAAUUGCCCGGAAGUUCAACCAUAUUAUAAUUUGUUCGUGGGUAUGUAUGGCUAUGCUCCUGUUUAUUCCGAGUUUAGCGAGUGGUUCAAAUGUUAUGUCCAUGAUCCAAAUAAUGGCAUAGCUGACCAAUUUCUGAAAGAUAUAGCUUGGGGACCAGACCCUUAUGUCAAAACAAUGAAAAAAUACAAUGUCAAUGGUUACAAAUUCCGUACUGAAGAAAGCUCCAAGCAUUAUAAAAGCAAUAAUAGCGGAGUUUGGGUUAAAGGGGACACUAACAAUCAGGAUGGAGAUAUUGAUUAUUAUGGUGUGCUCCAAGAGAUUUUAGAACUAGAGUAUCCUGGUUGGCCAUACAAAAAGUUGAUACUUUUUCGUUGUAAGUGGUUUGACCCAACACCAAAAACUGGUACAAGGAUAGAUCCACAUUACAAAAUUAUUGAAGUUAAGCAUACAAGGCAGUAUGGAAGCUAUGAUCCUUUUGUCAUUGCACAAAAUGUCAAGCAAGUGUAUUAUGCUCCUUAUCCAUUGCGUAGGGAUAAAUCGGAUUGGUGGGUUGUUAUUAAAACAAAGCCUGUGGGUCGUGUGGAAGUCGAGAAUGCUUUGAAUGUUGCAUACCAAAAUGACAUAUCGAGUGUUCAAGAAACGAUAGGACGAGAGAAUUAGAAAAUGAAUUGGAGCAUCCCGACAAAGAUAUAUGAAGAAAUUGAUCUCGGGGAAGGAACUUCCAUGGCAAAUGAAGAGGAAGAACUAUCUGUUGAUGAUGAGUACUCUUCUUAUGAGGAAGAUCCAGCAAACAGUAGCGACACAAGUGAAGAGGAAGAAUUACCUGUUGAAAAUGAAAUAAGCGAGGAGGAAGAAAUAAGCGAAGAAUUAUCUGUUGAUGAUGAGUACUCUUCUUCUUAGUCCCGUGCCCUAAACUCUCAACCCUGAAUGUU